CCUUGGAGGAAAAACAGAAGGCAGCCAGUAUCAAAAGUGUUUGGUUUGGAGACCUUGCGGGAUACGCACCGAUGGCGCAAAAGGACCAUUAGCCAUUGUCCUGGGGAAAUACGCAGAAGCAGUAUUCCAUGUCUCUCCUCUGCCUGUUAUUGAUGGGAAACCAACUAGACCGGAUCACACACCUGAACUACAGCGAGCUACCCACCGGGGAUCCAUCGGGCAUUGAGAAGGACGAGUUGCGUGUUGGCGUGGCGUACUUCUUUUCCGAUGAGGAGGAAGAACUGGACGAUAGAUCUCAGUCGGACAGCUUUAAAGACAACAACAGCCCGAGCAAGACCGGUCCGGUGGCGCUCGAUGAGAUCGAGUACUCGGCGUUCUGCUGCCAGGAAUGCAUCUACUCCAAACUGCGAGAGAACGAGGACCUGGAUGUUUAUUCGGUGAAAACUUUAUUAACCAUGUGCAAACCCGGGGAUCUACUGGAAUUGGUGGCCAACGCGCAGCCCCCUCACUGGGCGAUCUUUGAGGGGGAGGACCAGGUUAUUCACCUGUACAAAGGGGAGAUCCGCAAGGACAGCUUGUUUGAGAUCAGUUGCGGUCGGCAGGGCAGGAUCGUAAAUAAUCGCUACCGGUACCGACCGCUGCCUGCUGAUUUGGUGAUGCAGAACGCGAGCGGGCACCUGGGGCUCAGCAGCGGCGAGAUCUGCUGGACGAACUCUGAAAGUUUCGCCGCCUGGUGCCGCUUCGGGAAACGGGAGUUUAAAGCGGUCGGCGAGGCGCACUCGGUCGAGCAGCGAUACUUUCUGAAGGUGCACCUGUCCGAGAGCACCGUGCACACGCUCAUGUUCCGCAGCCUCGAGGAGAUGAUACGGGAGAGACGGCGCGUGGACGCCAGUGGAAUUCUGAAGGAGCUGUCGCUGGUGAACGGAAAGGAAUGAGGGAGGAUUUCUAAGUCUCGUUGUGGACCGAUUUGAACUGCAUGCCUUGAACUAGGGCUGCUUACCUUUUACUUGAGGACUUUCGGAGGGUCGUGCGUAUUUGUGUGAAAAUAUGGUACAUUUCGACAAAGACAACGCCCAUUUUGGUUGUGGUGUGUGAACCGAUUCCUCACCAUGUACCUUUAAAAAAGGAAAAAUAAAUAAUAAUAAUAAUAAUAAUAAUAAGGUUAUCCCAUGGUCUCACAAAUAGACCCGGAGCACGCUGCGGCAGAUGAUGCAUAAGGUACCAGGAUGAGUUGCUGUGUCUCAUCUUUUACUGAACUCCAGAGCUUUGGUAUUAAAUGCAAGCCAUGGAGCUCUGUUAUUUUGCAUCUGCCCAGCUGCAUUAGUUCCUCUUAACCAAUCAAACACUCACGCCAAACCUCACACGAGCCUUUUGUUUUCAUUCUAUUACCAACCAACGCAAGCAGAAUUCCUUUGAUUUUGGAGUCCAUAUUUUUGUAUUUCAGUUAGUACGUUUAAAAAAAAAAAUGUUUUUACUUAAAUAAAGUAGAUUGCCCUAUGAAAAUUGAUUUGGUCUCAAGCUCUUUUUCAUAUCGUUUUCAAUUCAGUAAGCGAGCACGUGCUUGAAAUUCGGUCUCAUGCGAGUGCCGAACUGGUGCAAUAUAAUUCAUAUAUGAACCCUCAGAUUUGUUUACAAUAUCGACCUUUGCUUCGUUUGAUUUCGGGGGAUUUAUUUCUGCCAGCAGGGAGGUCGUUUGUUAUUAUUGGUGCAUUAGUAUGCCUAUUAGGUAGUUUGAUAUCCAUGGAGACCUGGUCCUUUUGUUCCUGGCGUUAUUGUUGAUGAUCAUUGUGGGUUCCUAUCCUUGACUUUCAGGAGACAUUGCAGAUGUUUUUUUUUUUUUUUUUAAAGGUUAAGGUUAAUGCAGCCCCUCAGGCAUUUUAUUAUGUAUUCUGUGUUACUUUAAAUAUAGGCUAAAUAUCAAGCUUACAACUGCACUGUAUUGGUCCAGGAACCUAUACAUCCAAAUGAACUGCAGCUGACAUUUUGGUUUGCAUUAAGUAAUAGGAUUUUUUUGGGGGGGAUGCUCUGUUUAAAUAUGGCCAUGCUCCGUUUGUUUUCCUAUUACAGGCUGUAGACUGCAGCUGGGAUCAGUUAUGCUUUAUGUUCAGUGGGGCUUGAUUUGCCCACAGGUCUGUGUGGCUGGACCCUAUAAGUGUUUGUGUGUGUGCGCAUUUGUGUUCAUACUUCUAGUAGCAAUAGUUAAGAGACAAAAUUAUCCCUAAAAGUUAGCUAAAUCUGACAGAAUCUCCCCUUGAAGACAUUUGGGGUUGUUUUUAAUCUGAAAAAAAACAAAUAAUUGGAGAAUCGAUUCAUAAAUCAAUUGAAUACUUAUGUUGCAUUUUAGAGUUGAAAAAAAUGUGAACCCUAUAAUCAUGCAAAAAUUAAACUACUUUAAAGUUAAAAUAAUUGAAGUUUUAAUGGAAUAAUUAAUGUAAGGGCUUUUAUAAAGUUAUAAGCUUAACAUUUCUGCCUUCAAACCCUCCAAAAAUUGGCCCCAAUCUCUUCCCUUGCAAGUGUCUUAACAGUAACCUUUUUUUUUUUUUUAAGAGAAAGGAGUCAAUAAAUACAUUUGGUGGUUAUCAAAAUGCUGUUGAUUUGAAUAUAACUUAAUCCUGUGUGUGUGUGUGUGUGUGUGUGUGUGUGUGUGUGUGUGUGUGUGUGUGUGUGUGUCCAGUCUGGACUGUUAGUCAUAAAUCUUUGUCAUGGUCAUGUUGUUUCAGGUGUGCCAGUCUGAGCCGUUAAUAUGGAAAGUGGGAGAUUGUGCAAAUGAAAGAAAACAAGUGGUACAGGUUUCUAAAGGCUUGGGAAAGAUUGCACGCCAACUGUCAGAUGAGGUUUUUGUAGCCGUUACAGGCUUAGCCUUGUUGGUGUGUGUCUUGACACACCACUGACAAAUACUGUUGAGAAAUAUUAUACAUUAACGAACACACCCUUAUUGUCUUGGUCCAUAACGCACCAUUGGUGUUGUCUCUCUAGUGUGUUUCUCAACCACAUCGUUUGUCACCUUCACCAAAUCCAGCAGCCCCAGUAACCUACUUUUUCACCAAACGAUUUGUGGGAUCUCCUUCCUUGACUUUACCCUAACCACACCUAAUUUUUGCAGUCUCUGAUCGUGACAAUCGUCACCUGUACCAAUAAAAAAAUUUUCUGAGGCUUGAAAUUUAGGAUAUUGGGGCAGCGGGCUAUAUGUGGAGAAUAAGGACAGGAGUGAAAGAACGAUGGACAGAGGGACUAGAAGUUGCCAACAUGAGCUGAACAGAAUAUCUUUAGCUUGAACAAAGUGAGUGUGUGUGUGUGUGUGUGUGUGUGUGUGUGUGUGUGUGUGUGUGUGUGUGUGUGUGUGUGUGUGAGCCUGUCACACUUCGUAACCUGUUACUGGGGAAACCUCAGCCAGUCAUUUAGCUUAUGCCUACUGAAUAUUGUUUUACUAGAAGCCAGGAGAGAGUGCAUGGAUAUCCAUCCUCUUUAAUGGAGAGCUUGUUGUUUUUCUCUUGAUUAAACCACCACCGAUAACUCAUUUGCUUCUGCUGAGGGACAAUUAUGCAAAGCAUCUGUGCUUCACAGAAAUCCUGUCUCUCCUUCAGCCUCAAUCGUAUAUUCAUUUAAACCAGCAGGCUAGCUGGUUAUCUGUAAUCCAGACUCCUUUUGUGCUUUUUUUUUUGUUGUUGUUGUUCUUUGUUUUUGGCGAUUUACAUUUCACCGCAAUUUCAACGACGACUUUAUUUCUGAAAAAAUUGUAUUUUUAUUUUAUUUUAUUUUUUUGGAAGAAAUUCCAUGUAAAUGUUUUCUUUAAAGUACUUCGAAAUACCAUACUUUUGUCCAUGCCAUGUUACAUGAAUGGUAAUCAUUUAGUACUAUGGUAUUUACACGUUCAACUUUUAUUGUAAAACAUAAUGUAACAUUUUCUGCUUUGUGUUUACUAUGUUUUUUGUUUUGGCAGACACAAGUGCAAAUAGUGGCAGAUACACAUACACCCCUGUUUAAAUACUAACAUACAGAAUAGUCACAUCACUGCAGCAUUUUUGUUUUAUUUUUAUUAUUACAAAAAUUAACCAAGGUUUUACUACAGUAACCAUAGUAUGUUCAUGGUAAUAUUCUAGUUGAAUCAUAGUAACCAAAAAAUUAAACCUGGUUAUUAUUGACAUGUUACUGUAGUAACACCAUGGUUAGUACAUC